AUGGAGGAGAGCGGCGAGGAGCCUCCAGCGUUCUCCGUCAGGGUCUUCACCCUGCAGGAGGAGAUGAACCUGAGUGUGUGCCGACAGAGAGCCGGACAGGACCUGACGGUGCUGCUGAGCUCUGGCCUGGAGGAGGCUCAGCAGCUCACCGUGCAGGACGCCAACAGGAGCACGCUGUACCAGCUGACCGUGUCGGAGGACUGCUGUCAGGUGGGAGCCCAGUCCUUCCUCGUCACCAUCGGGAGGCUCAGUCUUCUUCUGCAGUUCAAGACUCCCACCGAUAUAAAGAUGUUCCUGAGGUUCCUCAGGAGAGCGGGUCAGGAGGAGGUUCUGAAAGCAGGAGAACCCGAGGAGGCCUCACCCAGGAGACCACCGGAGGGCCACCAGUUCCAGAGCUGUCUGGGCCAGCAGCAGAGUCUGCUCCAGGACCACCUGAGGAUCGCCACCUACCAGAGAGCCAUCCUAGCCAACGAGAGCGACUUCAGAGACAAGGUGGUUCUGGAUGUCUGCUGUGGCUCUGCUAUUCUGUCCUUCUUCUCUGUCCAGGCUGGAGCUUCCAGAGUCUACGCUGUGGAGUCCAGCCCGGCGGCCACGUACACACAAGUCCUGGUCCGCAGUAACCAUGUGCAGGAGAAGAUCAGGGUCCUGGAGGGGUCGGUGGAGGAGGUCCGUUGUGCUGAAACGGUGGAUGUCAUCAUCUCUGAGCCCAUGGGCUACAUGCUGCUCAACAGGAAGCUGAUGGACGACUUCCUAUAUGCCAAAAAAUGGCUGAAGCCCAACGGCCUGCUGUUCCCCUCCUGUGCUGAUAUUCAUCUGGCUCCCUUCACCGACGAGCAGCUCUACUUUGAGCACUGCGCACGGGCGGCAUUCUGGCAGCAGAGGAGUUUCUACGGAGUUAACCUGAGCGCUCUGCACGCUGCUGCUGUGGACGAGUUCUUCAAGCAGCCUAUCGUGGACACGUUUGAUGUGCACGUCCUGAUGGCGAAGUCAGUGAAGCACAGCAUUGACUUCCUGGAAGCUACACAAGAAGAUUUACACAGGAUAGACAUCCCCUUUGUGUUCCCACUGCUCCAGUCCGGUUUGAUACAUGGACUGGCCUUCUGGUUCGACGUGGCCUAUCGGGGAUCCAGCGCCACAGUGUGGCUGUCCACAGCCCCCACAGAGCCUCUGACCCGAUGGUCUCAGGUCAGAUGUUUGCUGCAGACGCCUCUCUUCGCCCGUCUGGGCCAGACUCUGUCUGGAUCGGUGCUGCUGACCGCCAACAACAGCAGACAGAGCUACGACAUCCAGAUCACAGCCACUGUCGACCAAUCAGGAUGCAGAUCUGGAAACUGUCUGGACCUCAAGAACCCGUUCCUCAGGUAGGAACGCACUGCAGAGAACCACGACUGUCUUUCUGAAGAAUUGAGAAGAAUGGAUGCCAAACAACGGCCUGCAAGUAACCGGAAACAAAUCUGACCUCAGAUCCAUCACCCAGUCCGACCCUCGCUUCUGUCUCAGCGUUGGGAACUCGUCCCGACUCCCGCCUCACCCGUUUGUUUCUGUGUUUUUAACUUCCCUGUAAAGUGACUCAAAAUAUCUUCUGAAGGCGUUUUCCAAAAUAAAAAUGUUGUUUUUAAUGCUUUUGAAAGAGGCAAUCUGUGAAAGUUUUUCAAAAUCAUAAAACCUCCACAGGUUCCAUGUACUGCAACUUUUCCUACUGCAUCCACAGGAGGGCAGUACAGAGUUUUUACAAUAAAGAUUAAUGAUGUCUUUUUAAAUAAAGUUAAUACAUUAACUUAUUAGAAUUUAAUUCCAAAUAUAUUCCACAAGGAAUUAAUGUAUGUUACACUUAAAUAAAAAUGUCAUAUUAUGAUACAUCAUAUAAAAUGUUGGUAUCUUCACUAAUUACAUGAUCAAAAUGAACAAAAUUAUGGAUCUAUAGGAGGCAGAGUGAUCAUUUCAUCUCUCUUUUCUUGUGUGUGGUGUAGAAUGUCGCACUGGUUCCACAGUUAAGUUCUCCACUACGCUUUGACGGGAUGAAACGUGAGCACAAAGGAGCAAAUACACACCGGCAUGUAAAGGGGUGAUGUAGUGUGCAGAGAUUAGCUCUGUGAAGCACACUGAGAGGUCAACUGUUGUGAUUCAGUUUGGGCUCUUCAUUGACUUUUGUUGAGUUUUAUUAGGCACUAAUUUACGUGCAGAAGACCGAUCAUUCAUUCGCUGAAAGUGUUUUCCAGAGAGAGUUUCCUUGUUUCAU